AUGGACAACAACGGAGAGGGCGCUUUGCCUGUAGAGCACAUUGACGAGCCAUCUCACCUGAAUAUAAGUGAUGUCAUCGAAGCGAUCUGCAAGGACCCGUUGUACGGCACGGGCGUAGAGAUGCCGCGCCCGGCGCCCCAUCCGGGGCAAGCGUACGUACGCAUAGUAGAGCAGCCAGCUGGGAAAGCUUUAAGGUUUCGAUACGAAUGCGAAGGCCGGUCAGCGGGUUCGAUACCCGGCGUGAACAGUACGCCGGAGCGGAAGACGUAUCCCACGAUAGAGAUAUGCGGCCACAAGGGCCAAGUCGUCAUCGUAGUAUCCUGCGUGACGAGGGACGAACCUUUCAAACCUCACCCCCACAACCUAGUCGGUAGAGAGCGUUGCGAGAACGGCGUGUGCACGCUGAAGACCACCAUCACAGACGAGAACCCGCAGGUUUCCUUCAGCAACCUCGGCAUACAAUGCGUCAAGCGGAAAGACAUCACCGACGCGCUCAAAACCAGGGAGAAGUUACGGGUGGACCCCUUUAAGACGGGCUACAACCACCGCAACCAACCGCAAAGCAUAGAUCUCAACGCUGUGAGGCUCUGCUUCCAAGUGUUCAUCCCGGACGAGAGGACCGGCAAGAUACGGCAGUCCCUGCAGCCGGUGGUCUCCGACGUCAUAUACGACAAGAAGGCGAUGAGUGACCUCACCAUCAUGAGGCUCAGCCAGUGCUCCGACUUCAGCAAGGGUGGCACCGAGCUGAUCCUGCUCUGUGAGAAGGUGACCCGCGAGGACAUCGCCAUAGUGUUCUUCCAGAAGGAGGGCGAGCGCGUGGUGUGGGAGGAGCACGCCAACAUCGUGCUCGUGCACAAGCUCACCGCCAUCGUGUUCCACACGCCGCCCUACCGCGACCCGCACGUCGGCCACCACGUGCAGGUAUACCUUCAAUUGAAGAGGACAUCAGACAACGCGAGAAGCAACGCAAUACCCUUCGAAUAUAUACCCGAAUACCAAGGUACUGCGCGAAAGCCUCUCCCCGAUCUCAACGUGUUCUCCCUCCUCCUGGCCGAUCCUCCGGCGCCCCCCGCACCUCCCGCCCAAACCCCUUCCCUACCCGAUUCCCCCACCGACGGCAACAAUAACACCCCCGAGAAACAGGACCUGGUGUCCUCCACCAGCGACACCCCCGACCCCCCCACUAUAGAGAUUAACGAGACCUCCGACGUUAUGGUCAUAGACACUAACGAGAAGAGCCUUAACGAUCUCCUCGACCAGGUCGCGGAACUCGAUGAGAUUUAUUCCGAAAAUCGAACGCGUCUCGAAAACGUCACCACGCUUAACGAUUCCGAAACCGAUCUCGAGGACUUCAACGACGCCGGCACCUACACUAGCCUGCAGCUCGCGUUCAAAAACCCCGUGUCCAUAACCGAGCCCGACCUCUCGUACGAGGACGUGCAAGUUCAAACCUACCGCGGUCCCAUCAUAGAGUUCACCCCAUUAAAACGCGACACCGACGACGAGAAAGCUCCCCCUCUCCCCCCAAAGCGUGUCCGCAAAACGACGGAUUCAUUCAAAACUAGCCAGACGUCGGUCGACAGUAUUCUAAAGCCGGGCAAACAGAUACCGAUCACUCGCAACCCGGACGCGAUAAACCCGAAGCCCCAACUGACGGUGGCUCGCAGCGAGCCCGCGCUGCCGCCCGCGCCCAAGAAACGUUCGUUCUUCUCGCGUCUGUUCCGUAGAAAGGAGAAAUCGCCCGCGCCCAGCGUCAAGUCCGAGGGCAAGAAGGACGCGAAGUCCAAACCGGUCGGGCGGUCGGUGAGCAGCGUGUCGGGGCUGCGCCCCUCCAAGUUCAAGUCGUCGGUGUCGCACGCGUCGCUGAAGGACAGCGCGUCGGGCGCGGGCCUGAGCUACGCGGACAGCGUGACGCACAUCUCGCUGCACGGCGAGGCGGAGGCGCGCGCGUCGCGGCCCAGCCUGGCGCCGCCGCCCGCCGCCGGCACCAUCCUGGUGGCCGAGAGCGUGCUGGCGCUGGACGCCUCCGCCUUCCGCAAGCUGCAGGACGACCUCGACCUCACCGACGCGGAGCACUACGCCCUCUACAUGGCGGUGGCGCCGCACGCCACCGUCUCGGAAUUCGACGAAACCAGCUGCUAUUAUUCCCCGGUGGACGGCAGCAAGUUUCACAAU